UUGUUUUGAUUCGCGAGACGUCAUUGAGGAGUGUUGUGAAAUUGUCGGCUCCGGCUAUUUGGCCAAUUUUCCUAUUGAAUUUGUGAUAAAAUCUACCUAAAUCAGCACGAAAGGCGCACAGCAAAAUGGGUCCUCCGAAGAGAGGCAACAAGCGUGAUUCGAAGAACUUCUCGGACAAGUUCAGCAAGAAGAGACGCGCCGAGGACGAAGCGUACACGACUCUCGUGGAGAAUGAGGAUGAGACGCAGGAGAGUGAUGGCAUUCCGGGUGCCGCGUCGAAGAAUGCCGAGAAGAACGAUGACGCCAUCCAGGAGGACGAAUACGGGGCGAAGGACUACCGUUCGCAGAUGGAACUGAAGAUUGACCACACUUCCCGGCCACUGUGGGUGGCCCCCAAUGGGCACAUCUUCGUGGAGUCGUUCUCGCCGGUGUACAAAGUGGCGCACGACUUCCUCAUCGCCAUCUCCGAGCCCGUGUGUCGUCCGGAACACAUCCACGAGUACAAGCUGACGGCGUACAGCCUGUACGCGGCGGUGUCCGUGGGGCUGCAGACGCACGACAUCGUGGAGUAUUUGAAUCGCCUGAGCAAGACCAGCGUGCCGAAGGGCAUCGUGGAGUUCAUCCAGCUGUGCACGCUGUCGUACGGCAAGGUGAAGCUGGUGCUGAAGCACAACAAGUACUUUGUGGAGAGCUCCUUUCCGGACGUGCUGCAGAAGCUGCUCAAGGAUCCCACAAUCCAGCAGUGUCGUCUGCGACGGCAGGACAGCGAGACGGACGACGGAUUCCUCACGCAAGUGCAGGAGAAGAAGGGCAUCACGAGCUUCGGGACGAAGCUGCCGGCGGCGCCCAAUGCGGAGCCACAGGACGAGAAGCAGCCGCCGAACAACGGCGAGAGUGCCGUGCCGGAGGAUAUCACGAACUACUACGAGAAGAUCGACAAUGAGGACGAGGAGGAGGACGUCAAUCUCACCACGGUGUCGUUCGAGGUGAACCAGGAGAAGAUCGAGGUGCUGCAGAAGCGCUGCAUUGAGAUAGAGCACCCGUUGCUGGCUGAGUACGACUUCCGCAACGACACAGUGAACGCGGACAUCAAUCUGGACCUGAAGCCGGGCGCCGUGCUGCGGCCGUACCAGGAGAAGAGUCUCCGCAAGAUGUUCGGCAACGGGCGAGCCCGCUCGGGCGUUAUUGUGCUGCCGUGCGGCGCCGGCAAGAGUCUGGUGGGCGUGACGGCGGUGUGCACGGUGCGCAAGCGGGCACUGGUACUGUGCAACAGCGGCGUGAGUGUGGAGCAGUGGAAGCAGCAGUUCAAGAUGUGGUCCACGGCGGACGACAGCAUGAUCUGCCGGUUCACGUCGGACGCCAAGGACAAGCCGAUGGGCUGUGGCAUCCUCGUGACGACGUACAGCAUGAUCACGCACACGCAGAAGCGCAGCUGGGAGGCGGAGCAGACGAUGCGCUGGCUGCAGGAUCAGGAGUGGGGCAUCAUGGUGCUGGACGAGGUGCACACGAUUCCCGCCAAGAUGUUCCGUCGCGUGCUGACCAUCGUGCAGAGCCAUAGCAAGCUGGGCUUGACAGCCACGCUGUUGCGCGAGGAUGACAAGAUCGCCGACCUGAACUUCCUCAUCGGCCCGAAGCUGUACGAGGCCAACUGGCUGGAGUUGCAGAAGGAGGGCUUCAUCGCCAAGGUGCAGUGCGCCGAGGUGUGGUGCCCCAUGACGUCUGAGUUCUACCGCGAGUAUCUUCUCUGUCAGACGUCCAAGAAGAUGCUGCUGUACGUGAUGAAUCCCAACAAAUUCCGCGCCACGCAGUUCCUCAUUCGCUACCACGAGCGGCGCGGCGACAAGACCAUCGUGUUCAGCGACAACGUCUUCGCGCUGAAGCACUACGCCAUCAAGAUGAAUAAGCCCUACAUCUACGGGCCGACGUCGCAGAAUGAGCGUAUCCAGAUCCUGCAGAACUUCAAGUUCAACAGCAAAGUCAACACGAUCUUCGUGAGCAAAGUGGCGGACACGAGCUUCGAUCUGCCGGAGGCGAAUGUGCUCAUUCAGAUCUCGUCGCACGGCGGCUCGCGACGCCAAGAGGCGCAGCGUCUGGGCAGAAUCCUGCGCGCGAAGAAGGGCGCCUUCGCCGAGGACUACAACGCCUUCUUCUACACGCUCGUGUCGCAAGACACGCUGGAGAUGAGCUACUCGCGCAAGCGACAGCGCUUCCUCGUGGACCAGGGCUACAGCUACAAGGUCAUCACGCACCUGGAGGGCAUGGACAGCGACGUGGAGUUGCUGUACAGGACACGCGAGGAGCAGGGCAACCUGCUGCAGCAGGUGCUGGCGGCCUCGGAUAUCGACUGCGAGGACGAGAAGGUGCCCGGCGACGGCGCCGGCGGCUCGCGCGCCACGGCCAAGCGCGUGGGCGGCCUCAGCUCAAUGUCCGGUGGCGACGAUGCCGUGUACUACGAGUACAAGAAGAAGAACUUGCACCAGCAUCCACUCUUCAAGAAGUUCCGUGGCUGAAUUCCUGUAUUUUUCCAAUAAAUCACA